CACUGGACGCCAUCUUGUCGGAUGUUGUGAACGGUUCGUCUGUUCCACAUUUUAACUGUUUAUUCGUUUCAGUAGUACGUUUUUAAAAUUGAAAAGCCAGCAUGUCUAAUAAUGCAAAAACACCAGGUUCCGAUCGAACCGUUAGCUCUGUUCCACUUCCACCUAGUCAUAAAUUGACAGCAAGUGAAGUAUUUGAUUCAAGGACAGGUAAACCACAGGUAGAAGUUUUAAAACAACAUUUCAUAUUAGAAGGCAGAUUGGAAGAAAGUUGUGCUUUACGCAUUAUCAAUGAAGGUGCUGCAAUUUUGAGAAAAGAGAGCACAAUGCUUGACAUUGAUGCUCCAAUAACAGUAUGUGGUGACAUACAUGGACAAUUCUAUGAUUUAAUGAAACUAUUUGAAGUUGGUGGCCCACCUGCCUCUACAAGAUAUUUAUUUCUUGGGGAUUAUGUAGACAGAGGUUAUUUCAGCAUAGAGUGUGUAUUAUAUUUGUGGGCUUUGAAAAUAUGCCAUCCAACUACUUUGUUUUUACUUAGAGGUAAUCAUGAAUGCAGGCAUCUAACUGAAUAUUUUACAUUCAAGUUAGAAAGUAAGAUAAAAUAUUCUGAAAGAGUUUAUGAUGCUUGUAUGGAAGCAUUUGAUUGUUUACCAUUAGCUGCUCUCAUGAAUCAACAGUUCCUUUGUGUUCAUGGUGGUCUCUCACCAGAAAUCCAUACAUUGGAUGAUAUUAGGCGGUUAGAUAGAUUUAAAGAACCACCUGCAUUUGGUCCAAUGUGUGAUAUACUUUGGUCAGAUCCAUUGGAGGAUUUUGGAAAUGAAAAAAAUUCUGAACAUUUCUCACAUAAUGCAGUCAGAGGUUGCUCUUAUUUUUACAGGUAUCGUAUGUACAGGAAAAGCCAAUCUACAGGUUUUCCAUCUCUUAUAACUAUAUUUUCUGCACCAAAUUAUCUGGAUGUAUAUAAUAAUAAAGGUAUUAGAGCACAUGAAGCCCAAGAUGCUGGGUAUCGUAUGUACAGGAAAAGCCAAUCUACAGGUUUUCCAUCUCUUAUAACUAUAUUUUCUGCACCAAAUUAUCUGGAUGUAUAUAAUAAUAAAGCUGCAGUCUUAAAAUAUGAAAAUAAUGUGAUGAAUAUCCGUCAAUUUAAUUGUUCACCUCAUCCAUAUUGGUUGCCAAACUUUAUGGAUGUUUUUACUUGGUCCUUGCCAUUUGUUGGAGAAAAAGGUUCACUAAUUUAUUUUCUAUAUAUUUUAUUUAAAUUAUUUAAAAUUAUGAAUUUGAGUAUAGAAGGUCUUUCCAGAAAGUUUUCAGAAUUUGCAAAUAGAAGACAUACAAGGGAUCUCUUCAAAAAAAUUAAAGAGGUCGUUGGAAAAUUUACCCCUAGGCUUGGUAUUUUAAAGAACACACAUGGAAAAUAUUUAAUGGAAGAAAGUGAAAUAAAGAGAAGAUGGAAAGAAUAUACAGAACAGCUUUAUAAAGCAGAUAAUAAUAUAGAAGAAAUAAUUGAAGGAAGACAUUUUACUUUGGAACCAUCAAUUUUGAAGGAAGAAGUGGAAUGGGCAAUCAACCAAAUUUCAAUUGGGAAAGCAGCAGGAACUGACGGAAUUCCAGUGGAACUGCUCAAAGCAGCUGGAGAGGAAGGAAUUAGAAUACUAACAAAGCUAUGCCAACAAAUAUGGGAAAAGAAGGUUUGGCCAAAGGAGUGGAAGCAAUCCAUUUUUAUACCAAUCCCAAAAAAUGGCAAUGCAAGAGAAUGUUCCAACUAUAGAACAAUCGCACUAAUUCCCCAUGCAAGUAAGAUUCUGUUAAAAAUAAUACAGAAGAGAAUUGAGCCAUAUUUAGAAAGAGAAUUGCCACUGGAACAGGCUGGAUUUAGAAAGGGAAGAGGAACUCGCGAUCAAAUUAGCAACAUCAGAUGGAUUCUAGAAAAGGCAAAAGAGUACCAGAAGGACGCCUUCUUUUGUUUUAUAGACUAUAGUAAAGCCUUCGAUUGUGUGGAUCACUCCAAGUUAUGGAAAGUACUCAGGAGCAUGGGAAUUCCUGAACACCUUAUAUCUUUAUUGAUGAGUCUUUACAAUGAACAAGAAGCAAAAGGACCUGUCAAGUACAAAUGUGUGAAAGCUUUGAGCAGCUUAGAUUCAAAAAUUAUCAAAAUACAAUCAAAUGUUGGAAAAUUGUAUUUCAGUGUUUUACUGGAGGUUCUACAUGAUACAAACAGGAUUGAUGAGAAAUAUGCUGUCAAAGCAAAAGAACAGUAUGAUAUACUCUGCAAUAAAGUAUCAAUAAAACCCUAUUCUACAAAGUUUGAGGACUUCAUAUCUGAAAGGAGUGAUGAUGAUGGUCUGGACACAUUUUAUUGUGAAAUUAUGAAGGAUGAUAGGCAACUGCAAGAUCUAUGGUCUAUUAUCAAAAUUUCUCUUUCUUUCUCACAUGGAAAUGCAAGUGUUGAGAGUGGUUUCUCGGUUAAUAAAUCACUAUUGAGUGAAAAUCUUAAGGAAGAAAGUUUAGUUGCUCAAUGCUUAGUUUAUGAUGGGAUCCAUUUUGCAGGUGGUAUUGAUAAAAUAAAUAUAGACCAGAAAAUAAUGUUAACAGUCAGAGGAUUUAGACAGAGAUUUAUUGCAUCUGUGCAACAGAAAAAGAUAUUCAGAAGCAGCAGAUACAGUAAUUUCUCAUUAUUAUGUAUUCAAUUAGAUGGAGCAGCAGGAGCAAGAAAAGAGGUAAUAAGGAAUAAAAUCAGAGCUAUCGGAAAAAUGGCCAGAGUCUUUACAACUCUUAGAGAAGAGAGUGAGAGUGUUUUGCAGUUAAAAGGUUUAACUCCAUCUGGUCAGUUACCAAGAGGAUCAUUGUCUGGAGGAAAAGAUUCCAUAAGAACAGCUUUACAAGGAUUUUCUCCUAAUCACCGAAUAUCAAGUUUUGAAGAGGCAAAAGGACUUGAUAAAAUUAAUGAAAGGAUGCCACCAAGGAAAGAUGCUCCUCUUCCUCCACUUGAUGAAGCUGGAACUUCUCAGGGUUCAAAUCAAUACCCUGUUACAGCAGAGAGUUCAUGAGGCUCUCUGAAUUUAAUAUUUACAGGACUGUACACAGAUGGAAGAUAUUGGGAUUAAUGCAAGUACACAUUAGAAUGUCUUGUUAACUUCUGAUGGAGUAAUUGGACAUAACUUUCGUUUUCUUCAUAAUUCAAAUAAUAAUAUACCUGGAUCAUACCUCAUCUCAUGUACUCAUAUAAAAUUAAUUCAAAAACCUUCCUAGUCUGCUGGCACUUCAAAAAUAAAAAAUUGCAUGUGUAUAUAGCUAUUUGUGUUAUAAUACAAGUAGUAGUAAGACAAUCAUAACUGGUACUAAAAUAUAUGUAAUAUUCAAUAAUGUAUUUAUGUGCAAGCAAAUUCCAAAUGAAGAAUGCUUAACGUGAUCUCUCUACUAAUUAUAAAUUUCCAACAAAUGCAUUACCUUUUGCAUUUAUUUCUCAAUUAAAUGAUACAAAUUUUUCUGAUAAAAUUAUAAUUCCAUUUAUUGUUUAAUAAAUUUUUUAAUUUAUCUUAAUUUUUAAUUAUUGGUGUAAAUAAUUGCAGAACAAAACAAAUUUAAUUUGCUUGCAAUUUUAUUUUAAUCUCAUUAAUUCCUACAAUUUACAGAAAUAAAUCAUUUUCCUUGAUGUGUCAGCAGCAAAUAUUUACCAGUAGUUACUUUAUUGAUGUAGCAUCUGUUGAAAUAUGUUUAAAUAGACAAUAUUAUCAGCAGUAGCUGCAUUGAAUAUAAUCUUUAUAAUGUUCAUUCUAGUGUAAAGAAAUAGACUUUUGUCUUUAGGGAAAAACUAUUUAUUUUAUUAUUUUUAUUUUUCUUUUUGUUAAUAUGAUUUCAAUUUUAGCUUUGAUAUGAUGAUAAGAUUUGAAAAUAAAUUUAUCUUUAAAAUUUUCAUCAUAUAUCAAAGUUUAUCUUGUUAUUUGAUUUUACAACUGUUAAUAUUUUUAUCUUAUGGAUUGUUUUUACAUAAUAAGAUUUUUUGCAUGGAAUUGCAUUUUUUUCUGAAGUUGUUAAUAUUUCAUUCCAUUGUUGUACUGUCUGGAAGUACAAAGAUUAACAAUAUCAUAUUGUUAAACAUAUUCAGCAUUUCAUUGGUAAAGAUAGCUUUUGAUGCAGAACAUUAUUAACAUUUUGCAAUUUCCCCAAUAUCUUAAACAGAAUGUUCCAUUUGAGCCUUAAUAUAUUAUUUUUGUGUGUAUGUAAAUAUAUUUGAGUAUUUUGCAAAGUGUGAUUGUAUGAACAUAAGACACAUGGCAUAGUUAUAAAUUGGUGCAAUAUUAUUAAUAUUGCGAAGUUUCUAAAUUGAUUUUGCAUCUUUCCCAUUGUGCAGGAGUUUACAUUUGAGUUCUCCUGACUAUGUCUCGUCAAAAAUGUUUACCCCAAUGUGAUGCCAAUAUUCAUCCAAACUUCAUUUUAAUAUGAGCAAAUUAGAGAGGCCACAAUUUGUUUAGAAUUAGUUUUAAUUGACUAUAUUUGCCCUUUUGUCUCACAUGUAAUGUUACCAUUAAAAGUGUUCAUUAGUUUAUAUGUUUGCACUCAAAUAUUUUUAUUCAUCUUACACUUUUUCUUCAUCAUAAAUAUCAAUGAGUAAAUCCUUCAUAUCAUAUAAAUAUUGUCACCAGGAUGAAUUUUCAUUUGGCAAAGAUUUGACCAUUUGUCUUUGGUGAUUUUUCAUUAGAAUGUACAAUUUUCAAAUUUAAACUUUUCAUGUUGCUGUUUACUGCCUCCAUUGAUCUCCAUAUAAUAAUAAAUUGUGCUCAUGGACAUGCAUAUUUGUUUAUUAUGAACUUUUACUUAAAUUUCUGACACCUGUCACCUUGAGUGCCUUAUGCAAUUAGAUUCAAAUAUUGAUCUUUAAUUUUUCAGAAUUUCUGAUUAUCUUCUACUAAAGACUCAAUUUACAUUAAUUUUAAAAUAAAUUUCAGUGAAUAUUUUUGAAAUUAUUAAAUUUAACUUUUAUUUCUGAAAUGAUUUUACCUGGAACAUAACUAUUAUCAUUAUAUUUAAUUUUUUCAUAUAUUAUUCCUGUUAUUUCUUUUACAAAUACUUUAUUUGAUGAUGAUGUCCAAGAAAUCAUAAAGACAAGUCCCAGAAUUGAAAUUGUUACAAGUUUGUGUUUAUUGAAUUUUAGCAAUGUUGAUAAGAAUUGAUUAUAAUAAUUUCUAUUAUAUUGUUUUCAUUUUCCUAAUUUUUAUUUUUUGAUUUUGUUUUGCAUUCUAAUCUAUUUAAUUUAAAUGAUAGAAAAUGUUAAAAGUAGAUUCUUUAUUUUUAGCAUUAAAAUUUUGUUAAUUAAAAUGCAUUAUAAUUUUUAAGUCUGUUAAUCAGUUGUUCUUAUUAUAUCAUGUGUUAAACUCAAAAUUACUUAGUUUAUUGAAUUAUUAUAUAUAUAUAUAUAUAUAACUUGCUAAUUUUAAUUUCAUUAGUGCAAUAUUCUUUCAGUGAAAAGUUAUCUGUUAGCAAAAAUGUUGAAAUUAAGAACUAUGAACACUUAUAGCUACAACCAACAGACUGCCGAAAAUCUAUCGGGCUAGUUUUAUGCUACUUAUUAGAUAAAUUACGUAAUCAA